AUGGCAUCAAUUUCCAUCUAUGCCUCAAUGAAUGCAGCUCCCAGCUUCCGGUGUUCCACCGUACAUCAGGCUGGAAGGGCAGCGGCGAGUUCUUUAGGGACGGCGCAAGAGACAACCCAUGUUCGGCCAUCGAACUUUGAAGUUCAUAGAUACCAGAGCCCCCUUCCAGUCACUAAGAAUGAAAAGCAGGAUCUUGCAGAACAAGAACCGCCCAGUACGAAAUUUGUGGAUGAACGCUGGAAGAAUGGUACAUGGGAUUUGAACAUGUUCAUCAAGCGCGGCAGAAUGGAUUGGCAUUCGGUGAUCUCCGCAGAAGCAAAUAGGAGAAGAUUUCUUGAAUUAUAUCCAGAAGCAGCAACAAACCAAGAGCCAGUUCUUUUCAGAAGCUCUAUCAUACCAUGGUGGGCUUGGAUCACUCAUUCCCACCUUCCUGAGGCUGAGCUACUAAAUGGUCGGGCAGCAAUGGUGGGAUUUUUUAUGUCGUAUUUGGUGGAUGGAUUGACUGGGAUUGACGUGGUAGGCCAAACAGGCAAUUUUGUGUGCAAAGCUGCCGUGUUCGCCACUGUCAUUGGCGUAGUCCUGUUUAGAAAGAAAGACGACUUUGAGAAGCUGCAAAAGUUAGCUGAUGAGGCCACUUUCUAUGACAAGCAAUGGCAAUCUUCCUGGAAAGAUCAAACUGGCGCUGCCGAUUAA